AUGAUGGUGUCUAAACGGUUCAUCUUUGGCUUGAUAAUCCUUCAUCUGAUGAUGGGUCGCACUGGUGGUAACGAGAUAUGUAAGGCCUCCGGUAGUGGCCGUCGGUGGGCGUGUCCUCCUCCUUGGAUCCAGUGGGGUGGCAAAUGCUACAGAGCCGUCAUGGAACACCUGACAUGGUUGCAAGCAAAAGAUGAGUGCAUCAAUUUUGGCAGUGUCUUGGUCGUGCCACAGUCUCAGAAGGAAACUGAUUUCCUCAUACGCCUAGUGCCACCCUGGUUUUGGAUCAAUUGCAAUGAUCUUGAGGAAGAAGGUACAUGGAAGUGUUGGGACGGUACCGAUGAGGUGGAGUUCAGGAAUUGGGCGACUGGUGAACCCAAUGACAAACGAGGAACUGAGGACUGCGCUCAGGUAUUGUCUGGUGGGAAAUGGAAUGAUAACCUGUGUGACAAGCAGCUACCUGCGAUUUGCAAAGGUGAAACCAGCCUCCGCGACAGCUGCGCUUAUUAA